GCGCCCUUCAAUUACAGCCGAGCUAAAGCGAGACGCCUCAGACGGAGGCCUCUACGGAAGCCUGUAGGCGCCUCCGCCCGGCCAGACUCUGCGCAUGCGUCCCGGGGAAGAAUAUGGCUCCCCUCCCCGGGGCGGAAUUGGUGAGGACCCCACUACAGUUAUAUCGCUAUUUGCUCCGUUGCUGCCAAAAACUUCCAGGAAAACCCAUCCAGGAGCAUUACAAGCAUAUGAUACGUCAGAGUUUCAACGUCCACGAGGACGAAGAUGAUCCCGAGAGGAUCCAGCAGAUCAUCCGACGGGCUGUGGAAGACGCCGAUUGGAUCAUGGAAAAAUAUAAGAAGCAGAAGUGAGACAAGGAACUCCGGAAGGAAGGCCGACGGUAUCUGGAAUGAUUGAGAAGAACACUUAUGGACCAAUGGCAUGGCUUUGGACGAUGCUCAGAGUCUUCCCAGCCUUGGGUUCGAGGUCGGGGCAUUGGGUGCCAUUAGUCAGAGAGACAUUGUAUUUCCUAUCGACCACUCGUUGACCUCGUCGACCACCCAUCGACCAGGUCUCUUUUUCAAGGCUCUCCAUAGAAAAACAUGGCGAAUGUAGUGCGAAGUGACUCGGGUCCACUAAAACUGGGGCACCCUUGGGUCCAUAAUCAAUAAUAAAAGAUGCAGAAGUCUC